AUGUCUGAAUCUGCUGCAACUCAUCACAAAGAGCUGCCUGAGCUCACACUUGUGUUAAUUGGUGACACAAAUUCCAUUGAGAUUGGACCGAAAAACCUCUUACUCGACCAUGAUGAGAAAACCAAUCUGGAGCAGUUUUCAUCCAAACUGUAUGAUAUGUGCGGUCGGCACAUCACCGUCAUUAAUAUGCUCGAUCAUCAAAGCGUUCACAAAAUCCCAUUAAGCCAGGGAAUUCAUGCCUUUCUCUUACUGUUACCAUAUGGUCCACACAACCGUUACUACAGUUCAGGAAUGCUGUGGCUGGAAAAAGCCUUUGGGGAAGGGUUUUUUCCUUAUGUGAUGACAGUUGUGACUCAUGAUCCAGGUGAAAAAUGUGAAAGUGCACUGGCAGACCUGAAAGCUAACAGCAGGUUUGCUGAAAAAAGAUUCCACACAUGUAUCAAAAGCAUGAGGGAUGAACACGAGAUAGUAGCUCUGUUAGAAAAAAUAGAUGUCAUGGUCUCUGAAAACAGUCCCCCCUGCUACAGUAGACUGAUGCAUGAUGAAGACAAAGAGGGACAAGAACAUCUGGACCAAAACUCCUACCAAGAAGCAGCAGACAAGAGUGAUUCUUCAGCCUCUCAGCAAAAUGAAAAAGGUUUCUCCAUUAUGAGUAUGACAGCAACAACGAAUAAGCAGUCAAUGAAUAUUCCAGAACAGAGCAUCGAAAAGAAACAAUGUCAAACAGAAACUGAAACACUACUCAGAAGACUUCAUCUUCAUGACAAAUAUCAACAGAAGAUGUCAACAACAGACUUCCUUAAAAUAGGUCCUCCUAUGAAGCAGAGCCAUGACACAUCAGAGAAAGAUCUAGUAGAUACAUUUCUUCAGAAAUUAAUGAUGUUAGACUACAGAGCCAGAUAUAUUACUGUAAGACAAGACAAUCCUGGUGUGAGCUGUUCACAGUCUGUUCCAGUGUCUGACAGUGAUGACUUUGAUGAUCUAUUUAGUGACAGUGCAGACUCUGAUAAAUCAAAAGAGUCUCAUGUGCAUCCAAUGGAUGUUCAGAUGGCAGUAUUUCACUGCUCAGACAGUUUCCUGAAGCAGAACAUGGUUACAAAGCUGUCACAGUGUCAGUACGCCUUACCUUUGCUUGUUCCUGACCUAGUCACAAUGGAUAUUGAAUGUCCUCUGUGGACAUUCAGGCAGAUAACAAAAACAUGGAAGAAAACUCAAAUCAAGGAUAAUUCAAAUGUUGUCACCAUGAAGAGUAUGCCAAUCUGCAAAGCUGAGACAUCCAUGGUGUCAUUCUUCCGCCUGGGUUCACUGUCAGUGUCUAAAUCUCAGCUCAUGAACAGUUUGAUCAACGACCGUCACAGCACCUUCUUCCACAGGAACUGCCCAGGUAGCACCAAAUCUCGCCAUCUGAUGGAUGGUGUGGCAGAGAUUGCCUGGUACUGCCCAGCUGGAGAACCCAAUGACUCCUUCACUGACUGCAUUGCCUUCUGUAAUCUUCAUGGUGAUGCUCUGUUGAUUGAAAAACAGUAUGAGAUACUGACUGAAAAAUCUUCAGUGAAUGUUGUUCUUGUGCCAACUCUGGAAAAAGGCCAGAAAAGUACCACAGUCAUCCAAGCUCUUUACAACUCACCAAAGCCUCUCAUUAUUCUCAUUGCUGAUAGUGAUCAUGGUGCAGUUCAGGUGAAAGAUGGAAAAUACAAAAUGGGUCUGAAAGACAGAAACCAGUCAGAUGUUUCUGAAGAACUUAAAGGAAUCAUUAGAAAGGUUUUAUCUGGACCUCAUGCAUCCUUCCAGCUUGAAUCCAUGGCCAAGGUCUCUGGAAUCAGAGUGGAUGAAGAUGAUGCAGUUUGCCUAAGAGGGAAAUCUGCUGCAGUGCAAACAGUUAAUAUGCUUCAAGGGAUGGAAAUUUCUAAAAUCAAAGAUAAAUUUCUCCCUUAUCAAGGUGAUCUGUGGCAUGAGUGGUGCAGAAUAAAUAAAGAACUGUAUCACCUUAAAGGAAACAUUGAGAAGGACAAAAGUCAGAAAGAACAACAACUGAUGAAAAUACGACAAGAUCAAUGCAAAGCUCCAUGCAGUGAAUUAAUUAGAUCAUUCAGAGAAAGCCUCUUGUCUCUGCUAUCAAAAGAGAAGGAGUAUUUCUUGAAAUGGACUCAGGUCUUAAUAGAUGCCCUAUGCACAUAUGAGUUUUCAAAAAUUCUCCAAAGCUAUAAUAAAAAGUGGACUGAGGUCUUGACUCUGAAGAGCAGUGACAAAACUGAUCUGCUGACAAGCAAACAAAAUGAGCUUGAACAAAUAUCCAGAAAACUGCAGUCAGCAUCCUUUGGCUUGGAGCACAUCUUCAGAGAAAUGGGACAGAUCUAUGAAGCCCAUAGAGCAAUAAAAGCAGAGAGCAGACAGACUGACUGGGCUAAAUACCCUGAACUGGCUGCAGAUCUGAUGAUAUCAGGACACCCAGUGGAGCUGAUGGACGGUGAUGCAGGUCAGGUUCCUUUAACAUGGAUCUCUGGUAUUUUAGAUGAAGUUAUCAAGAAACUAGGUGACCAGAGAGUUUUUGUGUUGUCUGUUUUGGGCGUACAAAGCAGUGGAAAAUCAACAAUGCUGAAUGCCAUGUUUGGAUUGCGGUUUGCAGUGAGUGCUGGCAGGUGCACCAAAGGUGCGUUCAUGCAGCUGGUCAAAGUGUCAGAAGAAAUCAAGAAAGACUUCCAGUCUGACUAUCUUCUAGUGGUGGACACUGAAGGAUUAAAAGCAGGUGAUGCCACUCUUCAUCACGACAAUGAACUGGCAACAUUUAUUGUUGGCCUGGGAAACUUGACAUUGAUCAACAUCUUUGGUGAGAAUCCAGCUGAUAUGCAAGAUGUCCUGCAGAUUGUUGUUCAGGCUUUCAUGAGGAUGAAGAAAGUUAAACUUUCUCCGAGUUGUGUGUUUGUUCACCAGAAUGUUACAGAUAUUGGUGCUGCUGAGAAAAACGUGGAUGAGAAAAGACGCCUACAAGAAAGACUGGACCAGAUGGCUCAGCUAGCUGCCAAAGAAGAGUCAUGUGAUGCUGAGCACUUCAGUGAUGUCAUUGCCUUUGACGUACAAAAAGAUGUGAAAUACUUUGCCCAGUUAUGGGAGGGAAGUCCACCAAUGGCUCCUCCAAAUCCAGGCUACAGUAAGAGCAUCCAAGAGCUGAAGAACAUCAUCCUGUCUAAGGCUAAACAAUCCACUGGGACCAGCCUCUCACAUUUCAAAAGUAAAAUUCAUGACCUGUGGAAAGCCCUGAUGAAUGAACAAUUUGUUUUCAGCUUCAAAAACACACUGGAAAUUGCAGUUUACAGAAGACUUGAGGUCCAAUAUGGGAACUGGACCUGGGCCCUGAGGAGCAACAUGCUGACCAUUGAAAACCAGCUUCAUACCAGAAUUGAAAAUGGAAAACUUGACAAGGUUGAGCGCAGCGAUCUUUUCAAAGAAUUGAGUGAAAAAUAUGAAGAAAUUAGAAAGGAUAUGACAAAGUACUUUGAGGAUGACAAAGACAAAGAAAUAUUGGUUGAGUGGAAAGACCGAUUUGAAAACAAAAUAAAGGAGUUCCAAGAAGAAUUGGUGAAAGGAGUGGAAAGAAAACUGGAUGAAGUUAUCCAGCAGAAGAAAGCUUGUAAAAAGCUGGAUGAAAAGAAGCCAGAGUUUGAGAACAAGCUGCUGCAAAAGAGCAAAGAACUCGCUCAUCAGUUAAAAGACAAAGCAAAAGAUGAAGAUGAACUUAAAAAACAGUUUGAUUGUGUUUGGAAUGACUGGGUUAAAGAAUUAACUGCGGGCACAAAACCUAUUGAAGACAUUAAGCUGGAAGAUGAUCAAAUAAAUAUUCUUCAUGACCUCGGUUUUGAAUGGGCCUUUAUAAAUGACCAUAAAAGCAGUGACAGAUACAAAAGAAUAUCACAGGUUGGUGAUUUCACGGAUUAUAUAUUUCUCAGCAACCAGCAAGACACAACAGAACAAGACACAAGUAACAAAGUAGUUGGAUCUGUUGCUACAAAUCGUUUUCAGUGUGAGAACCAGGAAUUGAUCAGAUCCCUCUUACGAAAUGUUGAAAAACAGUCUCUUGAUGCAGUUAAGAGCAAACCUGUAGCAACAAGAGGCUACAGUUCAACUUACUUGCAAGAAGUGUCCAAAAACAUUCAAGAGACAGUAACAGAGUUUGAAUCAAAAAGGAAAUAUGUUUUCAAGAAGGAGUUCACAGUUGAUCUAUUGCUGUAUGUAUUCGAUAGGGUAGGCAGUUGGCUGGUACAGUCUCACAAGACAUACAAAAUUAACAAUGAUGCACACACUUACUUAGAAAGCAAGAGAACACAAUACUAUGACAUUUUCAGAAGCUUCUGCAAAGGAAGCUCAUCUGCUGUUGUGUUUGGAGAAAUGAUCUGUAGAAAACUGAAGGCUUCCACUGCUGAGGCUGUCUGUAAUAAGACUGCCAUAGAUCUCGCUGGAGAGAUGAGGUGCACUUUCCCAGCAUUCUGUGGGAACAGAUUGAACUUAGAGAAAUAUUUGUUGAAGUCACUCGCAGAGAAAGAGGACUUUGAUGCUUUCAUCAAGUACAUCAACAAUCCAAGGGAGCAAGUAGAGGCUUUUAUAGUGGAGAAAGUAAAUGAACACAUAUUCAAAGAACGACAAGAUAAAGCACAGAACAUACUCAGGAAAAAAGUGGAUGACAUCAGUCAACUUAUCAAUCAAGCUUUAUUUGAUGCAACAAAUGAAGUCAAAGCCCAGAGUGGAGACAUAGACAUGUGGACAGAGAAGUUUCCCAGUUUUCUUAAAGAUAUACUGACUCUUGAUACCAUCUCUUGUCAAAACUUCAGGGACAUAAACAAUUUUGACUUUCUUAAAGAAGAGAUUGAGAGAGGCCUUGAAUCCAUCAAAGAGGAGAUGAAGCAGCUUUCUCUGGAUAAGAUGAAGGAAUUCAGACUGAGUCCUGAUCAAAUCCUCAUCGAUCAGCUGUGUAACUGCUGCUGGGAAACCUGCCCGUUCUGUUCAGCUGUUUGUACCAACACUAUCAAAGAUCACCUUCCUGACGACCACAGCGUCCCCUUUCAUCGAUCUUCAGCAGUGAAUGGUGUGCAUUACAAAAACAGUGUGGAAAUUGGUAUUGGAUUCUGCACAACAAAUGUUGCAAGUGAUAUAAGUUUUUACCCUUAUCAAGAUCCAGAUAAACCCAUUCCUUAUAAAAAGUACAAAACUGCUGGUCCACCAUAUGAAAACUGGAGCAUUUCCCCCGACCAGUCUAAGCUGACGUAUUGGAAAUGGUUUGUGUGUCGGUUUCAGAAAGAACUGGAAAAGUACUAUGGUUUAAAAUUUAUUGGCAAAGGUGAGAUUCCCAGCGAGUGGAAAACACACACCAAAGAGGAGGCUAUUCAAAGUCUGGAUGAAAUGUGCAACCUGUGAGUGAAUCAACAACAGUUUGAACUCUGCUGUAAAAGCUGACUUUUCAAAAAAUGUAUAAAAUGACAGUCACCUAGUUUUACAGUUUUACAACAUCAAGAGUGGACAUUAAGAGUUGCACACAGGAAACUGUUUGUUGCAAUGAACACUCACAAAGGAUUUCUUG